AUGAAGGUCGCAAUUGGUGCUAGCCUGUUGGCCGCGUUUGCCAAUGCGGCAUCCAUCAACCUAGCGAGGAAAGCUACUGCCCUCGAUGUGAAGCUUGAGAUGGUUGGCAACACGGCAGUGAAGGCCACAAUAGUCAACAGCGGGGCUGAAGACCUCAAGAUAUUCAAGACUGGUACAUUCUUGGAGGAUGCAGCGACCGAGAAAGUCGAAGUAUUUCAGUCCAGCUCUAAGAUUCCAUUUGAUGGUAUUCGCCUCCGUGUUUCCACAGCGGCACUGGACGAAGAUGCCUUCCGAACGAUAUCCGCGGGCGAGGUCAUCGAGGCAGAGUUUGACAUCGCUCAUAUGCAUGAUCUCAGUGCCGGAGGUGUCUUCGAAGUUGUCACGAAUGGAGCACUGUCCUACGCAGAGGCAGGCAGCACGGAGAUUGCCGGCAUCGUACCGUUUUCGAGCAACACGCUCUCGGCGCAAGUCGAUGGUGUCCAAGCUCGCGCUGUCCGAAGUGCUUUCUUGAAGAAGCGUACCGCUGUACAGGCUGACUGCACUGGCUCCAAGAAAAGCGCCGUCACGGCGGCACUCAGCAAUUGUCAAUCGUGGGCAACCCAAGCCCAGUCAGCGGCCACUGCUGGGACUAGACUCACUGAGUACUUCAAGAGCAGCUCGUCCUCGGUGAAGAGUACCGUCUCGGGCGUUUUCCAAAAGAUGGCCUCGGAGUGCGGCAGCACUACUUCUGGGGCUUCCAAGACAUACUGCUCUGACGUGUAUCAAUCUUGCUCGUCUGGUGUCCUCGCAUACACGCUACCCUCGGGAAGCUACAUUGCUUAUUGCAACCUGUACUUCACCGCGCUUGAUGCUGUAACACGCACCUGUCACGAACAGGAUCAAGCUGGCACAACUGUUCAUGAAACGACGCAUCUGACGCAGAUCAAAGGCACACAGGACUACGGCGUAUACGGAUAUUCAGCAGUUCGGUCCCUUUCAGCUUCGCAGAACUUGAACCACGCCGACACCUACGCCUUAUAUGCUCAAGCUAUUGUUCUCGAUUGCUAA